CUUAAAAACAUACCCAGAAGACUGAUGUACUAUUCACAAACAAAUCAAAUCGCAUUCGCAUUCUGAACUGUUCCAAGCCGAAGAGAUCAAGAAAAACGAUAAUCGUUUGAUAUUGGUUAAGCAAUUAGGAUCAAAUAUGGGAGGAUGGAGGAACGCUGUUCAAGAAGCUGUUGGGUCCAAACCCCUCUUUCUGACCAUAUACGCCGCCGUUUUAGUGGGGAUAGUGGUGUCUUCGUUUUUCGUUUUUUCCGCUAUUUACUCUCCAGUCGAUUCCACCACUCGCUCUAUCUCUUCCUCUUGGCUUCCCACCUCUCCUCUCUCCCAAAAUGUGAUUUCUCUUUCCAGCAACAUUUCUCAACCAUCACAGUCUAAGAGCAACAAGUUAAGACCUAUUUGGGAGGUCCCGCCACGUACUUCGAAAAUGCCUCGUUUAAAGUCCUUUAGACUAACUAAAGAACUGGUCAGACAAAGGGCAAAAGAUAAUGUCAUCAUAGUCACCUUUGGUAACUUUGCUUUUAUGGAUUUCAUCCUGACUUGGGUUAAACACUUGACGGAUCUUGGUGUUUCUAAUCUUCUUGUUGGUACUAUGGACACCAAACUACUGAAGGCUUUGUAUUGGAAAGGUAUCCCAGUCUUUGAUAUGGGCAGCCAUAUGAGCACAGAUGAUGUAGGCUGGGGUAGUCCUACAUUUCAUAAAAUGGGGAGAGAGAAAGUCUUGCUUAUAAAUGCUAUACUUCCUUUUGGCGUUGAGCUAUUGAUGUGCGAUACAGACAUGGCGUGGCUGAAGGAUCCACUUCCAUAUCUUGCUCGGUACCCAGACGCAGACGUCUUAACUUCAAGUGACCAAGUUGUGCCAACAGUUGUUGACGAUAGAUUGGCUGACUGGAAACUUGUUGGCGCUGCCUACAAUAUAGGAAUUUUCCACUGGCGUCCAACUGAGCCUGCAAUAAAACUGGCGAAAGAGUGGAAAGAUAUGCUUUUAGCUGAUGAUAAGAUAUGGGAUCAGAAUGGAUUUAAUGACCUUGUACAUAAGCAGACAGGGCCAGCUGUUGAUGAUGAGAGUGGACUUUUCUAUGCUUACGAUGGGAAUCUCAAGCUGGGAAUUCUGCCAGAAAGUAUAUUUUGUAGUGGACACACUUAUUUUGUUCAGGCUAUGUAUCAGCAAUUUAGGCUGGAGCCUUAUGCAGUGCACACUACAUUCCAGUAUGCUGGUACUGAAGGGAAGCGUCAUCGACUGCGUGAAUCCAUGGUUUUCUAUGAUCCACCAGAAUACUAUGAUGCUCCUGGAGGAUUCUUGUCGUUUAAACCUUCUAUUCCUAAGAGAUUGUUACUGGAUGGGGAGCAUAAUCUUGAAUCACACUUCUCUCUUAUUAAUUACCAAAUCAAACAAAUAAGGUCAGCACUUGCUAUCGCUUCCGUCUUGAACCGUACACUGGUUAUGCCUCCACUAUGGUGCAGGUUGGAUAGGCUGUGGUUUCCACAUCCUGGAACUCUGGUGGGGUCAAUGACUAGACAACCCUUUCUCUGCCCUUUGGACCAUGUUUUUGAGGUGAAUGUAAUGUUGCAAGAUCUUCCAGUGGAGGAGUUUGGUCCUGCAGUAAACAUAAGAGAAUACUCUCUUUUCAGCAAUCCAUUAUUACCUCAACAGGUAAAAGAGUCGUGGCUUGAUGUUCAGCUCUGUAAAGAAGGAAGUAAAGAUUGCCAUGCAUCAAGCAACGCAAGUCAACCGGGUCUUUUAAGAUUUCCUAAACACAGUAGUGAAGAAACCUUUGAGACGGUGUUCUCUUCGUUCAAGGAUGUUAAAGUCAUUCAAUUCUCUUCUAUGCAAGAUGCUUUUCUUGGUUUCACUGACAAGGCGAGAGAGGAGAAAUUCAGGAAUCGUGUCAAGCGGUAUGUAGGUAUAUGGUGCUGUGUAGACUACCACAUUCCGGGACACAUAUACUAUGACAUGUAUUGGGACGAAAAACCAGGUUGGAAACCUGUUCCACCUCAAAAACCUGAGGAUGAUCAUCCGCCUUUGUGAAGCCCUUCCUUCACACCCUUCACCAAAAUGUUGCCGAGCUUCGGUCUCGGGAA